AGCUAACAAAUGUCUCCUUAAUGGUUUGAGGUCCUUCUAAUCACAACCAUCAUCAACGCAAGAGAAGCGAGAACUGGAGCUUUUUCACUGGGAAAGGAUGAAGAACACACUCCUGCUUGUCCUCACCUUCUCAGGGGUUUAUGUUCUGUCUACAAACCUGUUCCGGGAGUACCACUAUGUGAACAUCCCAAAGACGUGGGCCAAAGCUCAGCAGUACUGUAGAGAGGUGUAUGGUGAUCUGGCCACUGUAGACAGCAUUGAAGAAAGCAGCAGGUUAUUCACUGCCCUGCAGGAACCUGGAAAGUUUGCUUGGAUCGGCCUUUAUGAUAACAUCACCGGUUGGAAGUGGACGAUGGGAGAGGAUGACUUUGACUUUGUCGGUGAAAACGGUUUCCCACCCUGGGAAAAAAACCAGCCUGACAAUGCAAAAGGCAAGCAGAGCUGCAUCGUCAUGAACUAUAUUGGGGGUUGGCGAGAUGAGGACUGUGACUCAAAGCGCAGAUUUAUCUGCUUUGAUGAAAAAGCUGCUUCUAAAUACAUUCCAGUAAACAUUCUAAAAACUUGGGAAGAUGCUAAGAAUUACUGUCGAUCUGAACACACUGAUCUUGUCAGAGUGUGGAACAUGUCUCAGAACAACGAAAUUCAUCGCAUGUUUGGAUUUAACCAUUGGAUGGGCCUUUACAGAGAUCUCUGGGCUAACUGGUCUGACCAAAGCCCAGUUACCUUCACAAACUGGGAGGUAGGCCAGCCUGACAACAGCGGCAGCACCGACAUGACUUCCUGUGCUGCAGUCAAAACGGACACAGGAAAAUGGUGGGAUGUUGACUGUAGUGAAGAGCACGAGUUUAUUUGUCAGACUCUGAUCCCACCAAGAAGGAGGAUAAAGCUGAGCUUCCAGUCUGAGGCUGACUUGACUGACCCUCAUAUCCAGCAGCAGAUUUUAGAGCAGCUGCACUCUAAACUGGAGAUGGAUGGAAUUACAGACUUCAAACUCCGCUGGGUUGAGAAAGGUGGACAAGUUUUUCACAAGAAAAAAUCCCAAAACAACUGAGAAAAGCUCACUCUUUUAAAAAGUGAAAUGAUCAAGUCAAAAUUAUAUUCACUUCUUAGAUGAAAUAUUCAAAAGCUUUGUGUAGAAACUAGUGUUGCACCGAUGCCAUUUUUUGGCCCUGAUACCGAUACCCCAUACACGGCAGUGCAAUAUCAGCCAAUACCAUCUGUUUGUAUAUAUAUAUACAACUGCAGACUACUUGGAUAUAAAAUUAUUGCCAUCAUGUCUUUGUCAAGCUGCUGCCUACCUUUGUGAAGCAGGAAACAGACUAAUAAAAAGUGAAUCCAGUAGAACUUUUUUUUGCCUACCUGGAAUCGGUGACAAUAGUUGAAUAAAGUUUUGGCUCUCAAAAUCUCUGUGUGUAAAUCUACAUUUAUAAAACUAAAACUUUUUCUUCUGCUCCACUCUGUUUUGAAGGUUGGAAACAUUAGCAGGCUGGAGUCUUGAAUA